AUGACGUCCGACACCCAGCCUUACAGCGUGCGCAAUCGCCGGCCUUCAGCCACAGAGAACCUUAUUGAUGCCGCUAAGAACAUUGAAUCAAAGGUUGAGCAUUCUCUUCUUCUUUUAUGGGAUGACCUCCCUGCCUGGCGUCGCGACAAUGGCUUCAUCCUCUCUGGAUACCGCCAAUCUCAAAACUCCUACGCGCAUUCUUUCCGCUCCCUCUUCUACCUUCACAAUGAGUCUGUCAACAUCUGGUCUCAUCUUCUCGGUGCCAUAGUCUUUCUUGGUAGCGCAGCCUAUGUUGACCAAGUUGUUCGGCCUCGAUAUGCGAGUGCAAGUAGCGCUGAUGUCCUCGUCUUUGCGUGCUUCUUUGGAGGCGCUGUGGUGUGUCUUGGGAUGAGUGCAACCUUCCACACAUUGUCGAACCAUAGCGAUACUGUUGCGAAGUGGGGAAACAAGCUGGAUUACACAGGUAUCGUGGCCUUGAUUGUUGGAAGUUAUGUCCCAGCUCUGUAUUACGGCUUCUUCUGCCUGCCUAACCUCAUGACUGCAUAUCUCUGGGUCGCGUCGUCCCUGUCAUCCAUGGAGCUUUCAUCUAUGGCUUCCAAGGCCUUGAAGAUCGGAUGA